AUGGCUCUCGUACGAGUCCUUAGCCCCCUCCGGGCCUCGAUGCGCUCGACUGUCGCCAGAACGGGGGCUGUCCGCUCCUUCUCGAGCUAUCUCGUCACCCCCAAGGAGCUGCACGAAGCCCUCAAGAAGGCUCCUCCUUCUCCCAUCUCGUCCGAACCCCGUGUCAUUCCUCUAUGCGCCUCCUGGUUUCUUCCAAACGACCCCCAGAAGCGUACCGGCCUCGACGUCUUCAUCGAGAAGAGGAUCCCCAAGGCACGCUUCUUCGACCUCGACAAGGUCAUCGAUAGGCACAGCCCUUACCCCCACAUGCUGCCGAGCUCAAAGGACUUCGCCGCUGCCAUGAGCGAGCUCGGCAUUCGCCACGAGGACACUGUGGUCAUCUACGACAGCCAGGAGCUGGGCAUCUUCAGCGCCCCCCGUGUUGGCUGGACCAUGAAGGUCUUCGGCCACCCCAAGGUCCACAUCCUCAACAACUUCAAGCUCUGGGUCGACGAGGGUCUCCCUACCGAGUCCGGAAAUGUCUGGACGAUCGAGUGCGGCACAUACCCCAUCCCCAAGAUGGACGAGGACAAGGUCGCGAGCUUCGAGGAUGUCCGUCAAGCUGCCAUCGAUUCCAACAAAGAGGGCGCCGAGGGCGUGCAGAUCCUGGAUGCGAGAUCACCCGGUCGGUGGAGCGGCGAGGAGCCAGAGCCGAGAGAGGGUCUGUCCUCGGGCCACAUGCCCGGCUCCAUCAACAUUCCUUUCAGCGCUGUUUUGGACCCCAACACCAAGGCCUUCCUUCCAGCCGACAAGUUGAAGGAGGUCUUCACCAAGGCGGGCGUUGAUCCCUCAAAGCCCAUCAUCUCCAGCUGCGGAACCGGCGUCACGGCCUGUGUCCUCGAGACAGCACUCAACGAGGCGCAAUUUGGCUCGCCUGAGACGAGAAAGGUUUAUGAUGGAAGCUGGACUGAGUGGGCCCAACGGGUGAAGCCCUCCGAGUCGUUGAUCCAAAAGGUCGAAUAA